AUGAAAUGGACACAGGCCUAUUUCGCUUUGAGUCUGAUUACAGACGGUGUGUACAGUGACACGACGGUGACGAUCUACCCUCAGUGGCUGGCACAGGGAGGUAGAGUUCGCUAUGAGAGUGACAGGUGGAACAAGCAUAACGGCCUGGAACAGGAGUCCCUUAUUGCAAACUGUCGGAGCAUUCGGACUGACAGUGGGCGCUGGAUGAACAGAGAUCUAAAUGAUCGUCUCUUCCAAGAUUGGCCAGAGGACGCACACCGUAGCGGCUACCCCGACCCCAACUACCUAAAGAACAUCAGCAAGCAACAGGAACUAUUCUCCAACUACCUUGCUGACAUUGACAGUGGCUAUAAGAACGAAAUGAUCAUGGUGAUGAAUGCUCUCAACUGGCCAGACUGGAUGAACCAAUCCGAACAUGAGGGCCAAUUCCCAAACAACAUCGAUGCUGCUGCAGAGUUUAUCGUGUUGAUGCUACAAGGAGUCUAUGACUACACACAAGGUCACAUACCGCCAUACUUCGAGGUCGUCAACGAACCAGAUGUUAAAGAGCAAAUAAUGAAUUUCACGACCACUGUAGCCUUAUUCCACAAAACAGUUGCCGAGAAACUCCAUUCUAGGUUUCACAUCAAAGUGACUGGCCCGACAAUGACGGGAUAUAACACAGUGGUAGACAGGAACGACUUUUCGUUCUGGACGAAACUGGUCGAUUUCAUGGACAUAACUUUAGGCUAUUUGGACGUGUUUUCUUUUCAUUCGUACAACUCACUUAUUGUUUCGGGGAAAUCUCACCGAUUUACUGGUAUAAAUGAAGCGCGUCUAGUAGCUUUUGUCGACCUGCUUGAAAACUAUGUUCAUCAAAAGACGGGAAGGAUUAUACCUCUCAUUAUCAGUGAAUAUGGUCGCGGGAAAGUGACGGGAAUAAGCUCAACAGCUCCAUCUGGGAUAGUCGACUUUGCAACAAUAUACCAGUCUAAUGCCCAUAGAUUCACCCACCUUGGUCUCAGAGAAUACAUUGACAAAACAGUGGUGUUUCUAUUGUCCAAUCAACAAUAUCCAGGACAUGAUAGUCUCAACCGGUCACUUUUCACCCGCCAAGGAAACGCCACACGUAUUGUCGAUGUCUUCAAAUUCUGGUACAAUUUCACGUCAGAGUAUUCCUUCAUCAGAACCGCCAGCCAAUGUGACGUACAAGAACGAACUGUGUCACCAUUAGCAAUGUCAAGUUCCUUGCAUAAUGAAACUGUCAUUCUCUUACACAGCUAUUCUCAACAAUCACAGGACGUCAAGCUAGUUUUCCAAGAAGACUGGAUCACACCAACAACGGGAGAAGCUACUUGCAUCACACUCAAGGACAACUGGUAUCCAGUCAUCACCUUCAACGAACCCUUAGACAUCGGUGACACUCGGGGAAUGGUUACACUUCCACCCGAAGCAACAUGUCGUUAUACAUUCAAGACCCCCUCAAGCCAAUUACCUAAAGUCAUUCUCAAUGAAACAACAUACUACGGAAGUGAUAUCAUUAUACCUAUCAAGGACAGCAUUGCUGUGACGACCAUAUUACUUCCAAAAGAUGAAUUCGACAGCGCAAGACUGCGAGUUUCAACAAGUCUUCCCAUCAAUGAAACAAACAGUCUGUCAUCUGUUACCUUUAACCACCAACCUCUUUAUUUCUUUUACAAGCUGUUCGACUCAGACAAACAGAACAGUCAAAUCUACAACUUCAUGGAUGUUUGGGAGUUUGAUGUCCAUUCCACCUUGUUGAACACCACUUCUAUCACGGUCCAGGUUAACUUCUCCAACAAGCAGGCUAAAGGAUACGUGACUUCGGUAGCCCUGGUCACAGCCAAGCUCCUCCCAUCCGAUACUAAAUAAUGAUUAGGAUAAUACUGCAAAAUAA